AUGGAUGAACGGGCCAACUUAAUGAAUAGGAUGAAGAUUACUAUAAAGGUCUUGAUCCAGUCGGCUCUCAAUCUGGACAGAAGUCUGGAUUCUGAUUUCCCUCCGCUGCAGCAGUUUUUCUUUGUGCUGGAGCACUGCCUGAAGCAUGGCUUAAAAGUUAAAAAGAGCUUCAUUGGCCAGAACAAAUCCUUCUUUGGUCCUUUGGAACUGGUAGAGAAGCUUUGCCCUGAGUCACUUGACAUCUUUACAAACAUACGCAAUCUUCCGGAAAUUAAGACCUCUGUUGGUAGAGGAAGAGCCUGGUUGCACCUUUCAUUGAUGCAGAAGAAAUUGGCUGAUUACUUGCAAGUUCUUAUUGAUCACAAGGAUCUGCUAAGUGAUUUUUAUGAGCAUGAAGCUUUAAUGAUGGAGGAAGAAGGAGCUGUUAUUGUUGGGCUUCUUAUGGGACUUAACAUGAUUGAUGCAAAUUUAUGCCUCAAGGGAGAAGAUUUAGAUUCACAGGUGGGCAUCAUUGACUUUUCUUUCUGUCUCAAGGAUAUACAGCAAAAUGAUAGUGAAAAAAAAGCAGAUGAAAUUACUACGGUUCUUGAUCAAAAGCAUUAUGUUGAAGAAUUAAACAGACACUUGAGCUGCACUGUUGAAGAUCUUCAGUCAAAAAUUGAGCUUUUGGAGAAGACAAAUUCCAAGUUAAAUGAAGAGCUUGUUGCUGCAAAAGAUCGCAUUGUUUCACUGCAAGAUGAACAUAAUCAGUUAUUACAAGAGAGCAUGCGCAUUCAAAAGAAAAGUGAAAGACAUUUAGAGGUAAAUAUGCAGGAUACAAAGGUUGAGUUGGAAACUUAUAAGCAAACCCGCCAAGGACUGGAUGAAAUGUAUAAUGAAACCUGGAAACAACUGAAUGUAGAAAAACAAGUUAGAAUGGAACUCGAAAAGGAGCUAGAUUUGCAACUUGGAAUGAAGACUGAAAUGGAAAUGGCCAUGAAACUUCUUGAAAAAGAUAUUCAUGAAAAGCAGGAUACUCUAGUAGUGCUACGGAAACAACUGGAUGAUGUAAAAUCCAUUAAUCUUCAAAUGUGCGAAAAAGUCAAGGAAGCAGAAAUGGCCUUGCAGAAUAAGAGUGAACAGUUAUGUUUACUCCAAGCUAAAAUGGAUCUGGUAGACUCUACAACAAGAGCAAUGGAAGAAAGACUACAGGAUUUAGAAAAAUCUAAGCAAAUAUCUGAAGAAAAUUGUAUUAAAAUGAAGACGAACUUGGAAUUCAAAACGGAGAACUUGAAACAGCAGCUUCAAAAGCUGGAUUCACAACGCUCCCAUUUAGAGCACAGUCUACAAUCUGAGAGAGAACAACAGAGGACUAUUCAAGAAGAGCUUUUUAAAGAAAAGGAGAUGAAUAAAUCCUUACAAAAUGACCUCAUGAAAUAUUCAGAACUAAAAAAGGACUUUGACAAGUUGCUUCUAGAGAAAACACAAUUGCAGAAGCUGUGUGUAGAACAAGAGCAGGCCCUGCAAGAAAUGGGUUUUCAUCUAAGCCAAUCAAAGUUAAAAAUGGAAGAUAUCAAAGAAGUCAACAAAGCUCUUAAGGGUCAUGCAUGGCUAAAGGAUGAUGAAGCAACAGGCUGCAAACAAUGUAACAAAGAAUUCUCUAUUUCAAGGCGAAAGCAUCAUUGUCGAAACUGUGGAGAUAUCUUUUGCAACACGUGCUCAAGUAAUGAACUUUCUUUGCCAUCAUACCCCAAGCCUGUACGUGUAUGUGACACAUGCCACAACCUACUGCUCCAGAGAUGUUCCUCGAAUUGCUCUUGAGGCCUCAUUCGUUAAAGUGUCACUGCAGCGUCUUACUAACUUUUUUAUGUAAAAUUAUUUUGCCUGUUAUGUAUGUAUAAUCAUUUUGUUAUCAUAUUCACAAAACUAAUCAUUAAGAUACAAGUCUAACAAAUUAUACAUCCAUCAAUUGUAUCACAGCAAAGUGCCACAUAUUUUGUGGCAAUCUCUACUAAAAUAGAAGAUCUGUACUAUUUUUGUGACUGUCUUUUGGAAUCUCCAUAACAGAUAUAUAAAAAAAUAUGUGCCUUGUUUUUACAGUAUUUCACUUUUAUCAAAUUAUCCAGCUGAUGUUUGCUACAAAUUAUUAUUUGAUACCACAAAGUAAGAAAAAUAUACAUUUGAUUAGU